AGCACUGAGCUGAUAGUGACCUAUGACAGCAACACACUUUACACCACCGAAGAAGAAAACGUCAACAGGAAGUAAGAGAUCUCCAACAUGGCAGGCAGACGGGUCCUGAAGGCCGUGCUCAUCGACCUGAGUGGAACUCUACAUGUAGAAGACACAGCAGUGCCUGGGGCGCAGGACGCCCUGAACAGGUUACGGCAGGCGUCUGUAGCUGUGAAGUUUGUGACCAACACAACAAAGGAAAGUAAGAGGAACUUAUUGGAACGAUUACAUCGUCUCAACUUCGACCUCCAGGAAAAAGAGAUCUUCACUUCACUGAGUGCAGCGAGAAGUUUGUUAGAGCAGAAACAACACAGACCGCUGCUACUGGUGGAGGACAGUGCACUGGAAGACUUCACAGGUAUUGAAACCUCAGAGCCAAACGCUGUCGUCAUCGGACUCGCUCCAGAUCACUUCAACUACGAAACACUCAACAAGGCUUUCAGAAUGAUUCUGGAUGGAGCUCCUCUCAUUGCCAUCCAUAAGGCUCGGUACUACAAACGUAAGGAUGGUUUGGCCCUGGGCCCUGGGCCCUUUGUGAGUGGACUUGAGUACGCCGCAGACUGUAAAGCUACUGUGGUGGGGAAGCCGGAAAAGGCUUUCUUCACUCAGGCUCUUUCUGAUUUGGGAUGUAGCCCCAAUGAAGCUGUCAUGAUAGGCGAUGAUGCCAGAGAUGAUGUGGGCGGGGCUCAAAAUGCAGGAAUGUUGGGAAUUCUGGUCAGAACCGGUAAAUACAGAGAAGGAGAUGAGAAAAAGAUCAACCCUUCUCCCCACCUGACAUGUGACAGUUUUCCAGAAGCUGUUGAACACAUCCUGAAGAACUUGCUGUAAUUUAGAACUUAUAACAGAGCAGUACAAUGUAUUCACAUGUUGUCAUUAUAUCAUUAUAAAUAAAUACAAGGUUGGAUAA